CAUCUGGUAAGCCAGAACUGACUUGUGGUUUCAUUACCUCCGACCACACUGUCUAUUGCUGGCAGCCCUUGUCGUUUUUGAUCUACGCUGGUAUUUCUGCAGAAACUUGCUCCGCUACAGUUCUUUGUAUCGCUGAGGAGCACAUCUCUAAAAGCUUUUGAGAGAGAGGAUUAAGGAUGAAGAUCUCUUGGCUGUCCUGUGGAGCUCUGGCGGUUUUCUGGGGAGCUAUUCUUGGAACAGCUUAUUAUGAGGUGCAGGAUGAUGAAAGAGUCCUGGUUGACAAUAAGUGCCAAUGUGUAAAAGUGACUUCGAUGUUUGUCCCUUCGAAAGAGAAUCCUGACAAAGAAGUCUUACAGAGGAACAUCCGCAUCAUAGUACCCCUGAAGAGCAGGGAGAACAUCUCUGACCCCACCUCCCCAGUAAGAACCAGAUUUGUCUACAAACUCUCUAAGCUCUGCAGCAAAUGUGAUACAGCGGGAGCCACUGUGGAUGCCCAAGGAAUUAUUGCUGGGGAGAGAACUCGACGCAGUGACCCUGGUGAAUCCUGCUACACCUAUGACAGGAACAAAUGCUACACUGCUUCAAGCCUCUUCUCCCAUGGGGGAAAAACCCAUACCAUUGAGACGGCUCUGACUCCUGAAUCUUGCUAUCCUGAUUAGAUAUAAGCCAUCGCAUUAGACAUCACGGGCAAAUCUACGCUAUACACCUACAUUGGUGCCCCUUUAGUUAACUGUCAUGGCUUCCCUAAACGAAUGCCGGUGUGAAUGGUUUGGUAAGCGUGCUGAAAAUUCACUGUUAGAGAUCCCAUAAUCCCCUCCCAGUAAAACAGGUCAGUUGUGGAUGAAGAAAUGGCUAUUAAAGCAGUUUAAGUCUGCGGUGUAGACAUGCAAAUCUACUCAAAAA